UAACCAUUUUUAAAAACGAAAAAAUCUUAAUACAAAUUGAAUAAUAAUAAUAAAAAACAAAAAGAUGAAAUCAUAUAAAAAGAAAAUCAUUUUAUAUACAUUAAAAACAAUCGCCUAUACAUUUUGUGCAUUAGGUUGUGCAUAUCAAGUGAUUUCAAUAUUAAAUCUUUAUUUUUCAUUUCCAACAACUGUAUUUUCAUUUGUUGAAAUAAUGAAUCGUCUUGAAUUACCGGCUAUUACAUUUUGUACAAAUAAUCUAAUAAUGUUGGAUAAAAUGAAACAAAUUGAUCCAGAAUUUAAUCAAUCUUGGACAAAAUUAUUGGAAAUUUCUGAACAAAAUUCAAAUCAAACUAGAUUGCUAAAACAAAAAUUAAUCGAUCAAACAAUACGAAAAUUAAUGGAUCAACUUUCGGUUUAUGAUUUUUCACAAUUAGGUACCGAAUGGAAUGAUUUACUUAAUAAUCAAUAUUUUAAAUGUGCAACUGAUCCUUAUAAUGUGGACAAAAAAUGCAUAGAUCAUUCGAAUGUAAUUCAAAGUGCACAAGAAUUGGGCAAUUGUUUUACUGUGUUUAGAUGGUCAGAAAAUCGAACAUUAAAAGAUAUUGCCAUUAAAUCGGGAAUAUCACAAUCGCCUGUUAUACGUGGUGUAGAAGAUUCAUUAAAUCUAGAAAUAGCUGAUCAACCAUUUCAUCCGAACGAAGUAUUUCGUAUGAUGAUUAAUUUUAGUUUAAAUCAACGAACAACAUUGAAUGAAAAAGUUAUGGGACAUUUGGCUAUUCAUGAUGAAAAAGAAUUACCACCAAUACGUAAUCGAAAUUUUAUUGUUUAUCCAGGAUAUUAUUAUGAAUUUUAUAUUAGUAAAGAAAGUGGUAAAUAUCUUUCAUCACCAUAUGUAACUGAUUGUAUUAAUUAUGAUCGAGAAAAAAUUUCAACAACAACAAUGGAUACAAGUGAAAGUCAAAUUAAUGUUAUGUCACGUGAAACAUGUAUUAUGGAUUGUUUAGCUAAAAAAACAAUUAAUCUUUGUAAAUGUUGGCCACCAGAAUUACCAUUCAUUGUUAUGGAUCAUAAUAAUCAAAGUAAUCAUUUAAAAUGGUGUUCAUGGCGUGAUGGUACCAAUAUUAUUGUAACUAAUUCAUCAAAAGAACGAAAUUGGUUUCGUUAUUGUUUUGCUAGACAUGAAAAACAAUGUAAAAAUUUAUGUAAAAUUGAAUGCAAGUCAGAUAGUUAUGAAGUAAUGCGACAAAAAGUUAUAUGGCCUUCUCAAGAACGAAUAGAUCAUAGUGAAAAAUAUGAUAUGACAUUGAGAGAAUGUUGUACAUUGAUUUCUAUACGUUUUUGGUCAUCCGAACAAUCGAUUCAAGAUUAUCAACCAAAAUAUGAGUUUGUCGAAUUCAUUUCAUAUUUUGGUGGUCUUUUAAGUAUUUGGUUAGGAUUUUCAUUGGUUAAAACCUAUGAUAUUGGUGAAUUAGUUAGUCGUAAAAUUAUUAUUUAUAUAUGGCAAUAUAUAAAACAUUUUAUAAGUAAAAGAAAAUUACAACCAUCACGAACAACAAAAAUUCGUCCACGUGUUACAAGAUAUUUAAAAUGAUCAAAAAAAAAAUUUUAUUGAGAUUCGUCAAAUACAAAAUUUAUAAGGGAAAAUGAACUAUAAUUACAAGCAAAAAAUUAAAAAUUAAAAUUCACCAUUUU